CAGGUUACGAGUGUUGUUAAUUUCAGCGGCAUUUACCUGUUCGACGGACAUGCGCAGGCGCCGCCUUCACGCGUAUCAUGUAAUCAAAGGCUUAACCGUCAGUGUCAUUCAGAACCGCGUCGCGAGUGGUCGACGCCGCAACAAUCGCUAAUAAAACAAGCGUUGUUGGUAAAUAGCCGGUGACAAUUUGAUAUCAAUUGAACUACGUGUGUGCUAGUUUGUGCUAGAUAGUUUGUACAUUGGAUUACUCAACGGCGCGGCCGCAGCGUUCCGGUACAUGCAUGCAUUUUGGAAAUUGAAAAUUAUCAGUAUUAUUGAAACAAAUAGUGAUUUAAGUGUAGUGAACGCAGUAUUUGACUCAAGUGAUAUAGAUAUUAAACAGACAUGUGUUCGAAAAGUAGUGGAGCAAGCUAGUGAAGAUGUCAGUGAGGUGACGAUAGAUGGAAGCCAUUAGGCUUCAGUGAUAGUUAUACGAAAACAUUCCUCUGUUAAAAAUUUUAAGCCAGGGCCCAGCGGACAAUAGCAAGGAUAGCUGCAAAAUGACCAAGGGCCCUCGGAAAGUGAAACUAGUCAUUGUCGUCAACAAUAAGAAAGAUCCGCCAACGUUCAAGACACUAACGCCGACAUCUCGCACACAGCUGAAGCAGCAGUUGAUGCGAGAGCAUGCCCAGGAGCAGCUACGAAGAGAGUCUUUACAGGCACAGCAAUCGAGUCAGUCUAAGGAGAAUGGAGAGGAGAAGAAGAAGUCGCCUCCAGCGGACAUGCCGAGGAUCACGCCACACGUGGAACUGCCGCCACAGGUGCUACAGGUCCGAACAGUGCUGGAGAACCCCACCAGGUAUCACGUGAUCCAGAAACAGAAGAGUCAAGUCAGGCAGUACCUUAGUGAAUCUUUUACGCCGCAAGACCAGAUGUCGCCCAAUGGUCGCGCCCCCGUGCAUAGCGCCCCGGAGCUGGGCACACGGACACAGUCUCCGGACCGGGCGUCCUCGUCUGGUCUGAUGAGUCCCGGCAUAUGCUCGGGCAACUCCGAGGCAGAUGAGUUCCUGGAGGACAUUCUGUCCUUAGACAGCGGGGCUGGUCCCCUGUCCUCAUCAGAACCGGCUUCCGCGGCCAGUUCCGUAGCCGGAGACUGCGCCCUGCUAUCCGACGCUGACAUGCACGCUCUAGCCAAAGACAGACAGAAGAAAGAUAAUCAUAAUAUGAUCGAACGUCGGCGUCGCUUCAAUAUCAAUGACAGGAUAAAGGAGCUCGGGACUCUUCUACCGAAGACCAACGAUCCCUUCUACGAGGUGAUAAGAGAUGUCAGACCGAACAAGGGCACUAUACUCAAGAGUAGCGUGGACUACAUCAAGUGCUUGCGGGACGAGGUGAACAGGCUCAAACAGAGCGAACAGAGGAGGAAGCAGAUAGAGUUACAUAAUAGAAAGUUGAUGUUAAGAAUACAGGAAUUAGAGCGACUAGCGCGUGUGCACGGGCUGCCAGUGUCAAGCGAUGGCUGGUCGUCACCGCACGCGGACGACUCCGGUGUGGAAACGACCGCCUCGGAGCCCUACGCGUCGCCCGCGCGGACUACACAUCAUAGUACAAACCAACCAAUGAGUGUGAACGGCUGGUCGUCUCCGAGAUCAACGGACUCUGGGGUCAAAAGUAACGCGGAACCGUACGCCUCGCCUGCCAGGACACACACGGAGACAAUAGUACCUAAAGCAGAGCCUCCCAUGAUGGACGUCAGCGAACCGGCACCGGACCUGAUGCGGGGCGGAACGGGGCAGGGACAGGACACGUUAUCACCGCUUGAUGCAUUAGACGGCCUGAAGCUGGGCUCGUGCUCGCCGCUGAGCCGCUCGGAGCCGCUGUCGCUGGGCUGUCUGGAGCCGGACCUGUGUCUCGAGCCGCUCGCCGAGCAUCUGUUCGACCACAAACACGUCAAGAUGCGACUGUCUCCGAGCCCGGGUCUGCUCAGCGGUGAAGACAGCGACGCAGUACUCAACCUGGCACAAAUAGAAGAUCUUAUGGAUGAUGACUCGCACAAUCCUGUCACUCAAGGUGAUCCGAUGCUGUGCUCGUCGCCCACAUCCCAACUGGGGCUCAGUUCUGCGGUGACGGACGCGGCAGACCGAGCCAUGCUGCAUAUAGACCUCUCACACGUGCACACAGACUCAUCGUCUCUCCUAGAGUCUACAUUGGGUGUGGGCGUGGGAUUAGGUGACAGUGGACUGCCACUAUUGCUGGGCCAUCACCACGCUCCACACCAUUCCAACUCACAUACACAUCACUGCUUCGACAUGGAUCUAGGCGCCUAGAUUGUACGUCAUCAAACGAAAACUUGUGACUACCCACAAAACAUUAUAUAAAAGUACCCACAUCAUUAUAUAAAACGUUUAAACAGAUUGUCCUAUACUACCCGGUUACAUUAUUUCUGCACCUGAUGUCGAUGACGUCACAUCGUCUUUUUGGUACAGUGCGCAAAACAAGCAUCACUAAGAUAUUAUUAUUAAUAAAUAAACUACGAUUUAUUUUGUCAGUAUUAUAGAUUGAUGUAAAGGUGUUGUGAUGCUGAUUUUUAUUAUUAUAUUAUUACAUUUAGGCUAUUUUAAUAAUGAUGAAAAAUCAAUGAAAGAAUCUGGGUUAAGUAAAAAAGUAUUUAUUUUUUUGGCCUUAUGACACAGAACAACAGAAACUCCAGAACUAUUAACAACAAAAGUCAAAACGUAACUAUGAAAAAUUCAAAAACAAAGCAGUGAUAGCACAAAAAUAUCACAACAUGUACCUAACGGUAAUGAAACUGCAAACCGUGUUGACGCAACAGGACGGCCGCGGGGGGUGAAAGGGGA